CCAGUUAUCCCCUGUGUCGUGUCUGAGUGGAGUGUCUGGAGUGGCUGUGCAGAGCCAUGCAAGAAAACGUAUCGUGUUCGGAGGAGGCACAUCAUCCAGGAGCCCCGGAAUGGAGGAGAGGCAUGUCCUCCUCUGGAGGAGAGGGCUGGCUGCAUGGAGUACUGGUCUCAGCAAGGAGCAGAGUGCCAACAGUCCCUGAUCCCAGCAUUAAUAACCACAGGAGGGUUUGGAAAAGCAAGGAAAAAAAGAGCCGCAGCUGAUGGCAAUGAAAGAGCAGGGUACUGUGUUGAAUUCCAGCUUGUGGCCAUCACGCCAGGCUGCUUGCACAGCCACCACUCAUACACUCACUGGAUGCAGUAUCUCAGGGAGGGCCACACUGUCUGCGUGGACUGUCAGCACCCGGCUUUAGACUCCAGACGUCAACAUUGUUAUGGGGAUGGCAGUGAAAGCAAAAAGAAUCAGCUGUUGCACUGGCAGGUGGUGGGGAACCCUCGAUGCAAGGGAACCUGGAAGAGAAUCCGCCAGCUGGACGCUUGCUCUUGUCCUUCUGUUCACAGCUUCUUGUUCAUCUAACUUCUCCUAACAGCCUUAGCAAGCAAGCGCUGUCUGGCACAAGCAUGCAGCAGCAGUAGUAACCAUAACCAAAACAAUGAAUUCUC